ACUGUUAAAGUGCUUCGCGGUGAAGGGGGAGUUUCUUGUCGCUAUUGUAUCAUCUUUGUUACAUUCAACAGCUGGGUGGCACUCCCGACAAAAUCUUGCUUCUGUGACGUUUCAAACGAGAUAGAAGUUGGACAUCUUUAAAAUACGCUUAUCGCGCUAUUAAGGGCCCAUUAUCGCCAUUGUCAUGGAUUUUAAUGUCAAGCGACUAGCUGCAGACGCAGGUACCUUCCUGAGUCGUGCUGUACAAUUCACAGAGGAGAAGUUCGGCCAGGCUGAGAAGACUGAGCUGGAUGCCCAUUUGGAGACCCUUUUGGUAAGAGCCGAGGCCACCAAACAAUGGACCGAGAAGAUUAUGAAGCAGACUGAAGUCUUAUUGCAGCCCAACCCAAAUGUCCGACUAGAAGAAUUUGUGUAUGAGAAGCUGGAAAAAAAGGUCCCAACACGAAUGAACAACCAUGAAUUGUUGGGCCAGUCCAUGAUUGACUCAGGCAAUGAAUGUGGUCCUGGCACUGCAUAUGGAAAUGCUUUGAUAAAGUGUGGCGAAACCCAGAAGCAGAUUGGCGGCGCAGAGCGAGAGUUAAUUCAAAGUUCUGCCAUCAAUUUCCUGACCCCUUUCAGGAACUUUCUGGAGGGGGAUUUCAAAACAAUCCUGAAAGAACGGAAGCUUCUGCAGGUCAAGCGCUUGGAUCUAGAUGCAGCCAAAACAAGACUCAAGAAGGCCCGCAUGGGAGAUGCAAGAGCUGCGGCAGAACAGGAGUUAAGGAUGACUCAGAGUGAAUUUGACCGUCAGGCUGAGAUCACCCGACUGCUGCUCGAAGGCGUCAGCAGCACCCAUGCACAUCACCUCCGCUGCUUGAAUGACUUUGUGGAGGCUCAGGUGAUAUACUAUGCUCAAUGUUUCCAGUACAUGGUGAAUCUGCAAAAGCAACUGGGAAGUUUUCCUUCAUCAUUCUCCAAUAACAACCAGUCAUUGUCUGAAGCGGCCAGGAUCUCGGUGCCCACCAUACCAGUGUUGGCCUCCCUGCCCAGCUCCUCUACCGGCGGCGGCUCCCCCACUUCAGGUGGCUUCAGUGAAUUGCGUAGCUCCAGUGGCAGCCGCAGUGCAAGGGUCCUUUACGAUUAUGAUGCCGCGAGUAGCAAUGAACUGUCCCUGCUGGCUGAUGAGGUGAUCACAGUCAGCUGUGAGCCUGGCAUUGGCUCAGACUGGCUGAUGGGAGAGCGAGGCAGCCAGAAAGGAAUAGUGCCAAUCACCUACCUGGAACUACUUAACUGAAAGAUGCAAAUAGCCCCUUCACUUGUGAGCUUGCAUUGCCUUGUCGGGAGUCACCACCUCUUCCAUUCCAUUUUUUUAUAUAUAUAUAUAUAUAUAUAU